GCUGAUCCUCAUAGAUUAAAGCACACGCCACCGGUGGAAAGAUAGACUGUGUUUGUGAUCAUGUGUAGCUAAGUAGAUGGCUGGUUAGUUAGUUGACAUUUUCUAUAGUUUCUUUUCAUAGUCUCUGACUUUGAAGGGGUAUGCCGAAGUUUAUUAGAUAGCUGUUCACAGUGGUCCCGUUCCGUUAGCCAUUUUGUUAAACCGGAGACGGGAUGCAAAUUAAUCCAGAAGGGACCAGCCCAUGACCCGGUAGCAGCGGUCAGUCACACCCUUGUAUGAGGUCAUUUAAGCAAAUUCGUCUGCUGAGCAGCAUGAAACUAUCAUCUUCCAUAUCUUAUGCUCUGUUGAAUAAACACACAUUAACCCCAAACUGCUGAAUUGGAGCCUCAGAGCACCAGGGUAAGUUAACCGGGAAACGUGGACUGGAUAUAACUGACUCAUCGUCAUGGUCUUGGGAGAUGACGCCGGACAGUUUGCCUGCUAUAGUGCCAGUCAGCUAGUUACAGCUAAGUUAGUCACACGUUUAAUCGUUUUUAUUAUAGCCUUUCCUUUAUAGUCAGUGUGCUAUCAUCAAGGUCCCAAUGUACACCUUUGUCAAUCGUGACGAUAACAGCACUGUUUAUGCUGAAGUUUCCAAAAUCCUCCUCUCAACUGGACAGUGGAGGAGGCUGAAAAGAGACAAUCCCAGGUUCAACUUAAUGCUUGGUGAACGGAACAGACUGCCCUUUGGACGUCUAGGUCACGAGCCAGGACUAGUGCAGCUGGUGAAUUACUACAGAGGAGCAGACAGGCUUUGCAGAAAGGCAUCCUUGGUUAAGCUGAUUAAGACAAGUCCAGAGCUGUCCGACUACUGUACCUGGUUCCCAGAAUCCUACAUCAUAUAUCCCACGAACCUCAACACCCCUGUUGCUCUGGCUACAAAUGGCAUUAACCAUCUGAAGAACAAUCCCAAGACAGAUGAGCGGGAUGUUUUCUUGGCCUCCUAUCACUCUAAAAAAGAAAGUGGGGAGGGAACAGUGUGGAUAGCCAAAUCUUCUGCUGGAGCCAAAGGUGCUGGUAUUUCGAUAUCCCAUGACGCUAAUCACCUGCUUGAGUACAUCGAUAAUCAGGAACAGGUUUAUGUCAUUCAGAAAUACCUGGAGAAACCUUUACUUCUGGAGCCGGGACAUCGGAAGUUUGACAUCAGGAGCUGGGUGCUAGUGGAUCAUCAGUACAACAUCUUUUUAUAUCAGGAGGGUGUGCUGCGGACUUCUUCAGAGCCCUACAACAGCUCUGACCUCCAGGACAUGACCAGUCAUCUGACCAAUCACUGCAUCCAGAAGGAGCAUUCCCUGAACUACGGACGAUAUGAAGAGGGGAAUGAGAUGUUCUUCGAUGAGUUCAGGCUGUACCUACUGAACGUUCAUAAUGUCACUCUGGAGACCACCAUAUUACCUCAGAUCAAGCAGAUCAUCAAGAGCUGUCUGUCAUGUAUUGAACCUGCAAUCAGCACCAAGCACCUGUCCUACCAGAGUUUCCAGCUCUUUGGAUUUGAUUUCAUGGUGGAUGAGAACUUCAAAGUGUGGCUCAUUGAAAUCAAUGGAGCUCCAGCCUGUGCACAGAAGCUAUAUCCAGAGUUAUGUCAAGGUAUAGUGGAUGUGGCUAUUUCCACUGUCUUCACCAUGAACAGCAGCAGUGACUCCUCAUCUGCAUUCUCUUCCCCUUACUCCUCCUCUCCAUCCUCCACCUUCACCACCAGUUCUUGCUCCUCUCCCAAACUGAGGGCUCCUCUUCACGUGGGCCCUUUCACUCGACUGUGAGCACACGGGAAUAUUCCCCUCAUUUCCUCCAAAUUAGAAGGUUCUUCAUGCUCUGUCCUCACAUCUAAACUGCACCUGAGAAGUAGCACGUGUCAGCAAGCCUAGCCUUUGUUUUUACCUUGCCUGUUGCACCUGGAUGGACUCUUUCUUUUGUUUUUGUUUUUUUAUUGUUACCGGAUCUCCUAAUAAUGCACAUAAUGAAUGUGAGGAUGCUGAAGAAUUGAUGGACAAACUUUUUUGGGAGUUUCCGAAUGAGAACAGACACACAUCCAUCCAGAAAUGCUGCAGCUGAGACUGUAGUGCCUUACAGCCACGCCCCCUUAAAAAGACUGCCAGUUAGCUUGCUCGGUUUCUGUGACUCAUACUUUAAGCCAUUGCGCUGUUGCUCAGUCAAGUCACUGUGGUCAGGAUCAGUCCACAGAAACUGGCAUAAAACAUAGUACUUUUUUUUAUAGCUUACCAUCAGCCAUAUGUACCCACUGGAAUGAGCACUGCUAACAGUGAUCACGAAGCUACAGGUAUAUAUUUAAACUUAUAAACACUGUUAUCUAUAAUAGCUGAUGUACUAACUCAGUUUGUCUGAGCUAAACAUUCAACAUGUGAAGGUUUGCCUUGAGAAUUCCUUUAACUUGUCCAUGUGGACACUAUGUAUUGUUCAAGACAGCAGGGUGGUAUAAGUGAGCAGGGAGACCUGGGUGUAAGAGUGUCCCAUCAAGCACUCCUGACCUUUGACCUCUGCUGCAAUCAAGAGAAGAGCUCUAAAGUAUUAGCACACAUUAUGCUUUCUCAUGAAAUCCUUUACAAAAUAUUACAGCUGAAGACACUUUGUUUUUUGUCAUUACAGAACGAGCAUGUUUGUGUGAAAGCAUGUAGUAGUGUGCUCUCUCAUACACAGCAGCGCCGGCCCCAGUUUGUAAAAAGCUCCCCUAAUGUCCAUUUUAUUUCCUUCAGAUGAAAAAUGGACUGUAUUUAUUGCAUGUUGUAAACAAGCGUGCGGGUUACGUUCUUGAAAUGAAAGUAGAGUAGACUGUACAAAGUGUGUUAUUGGUUAUUAAAAGCAUUUAAAGACCCAAGAAAUGAAACUGAGUGACAUAAUGAACAUUCAUCUUUAAGGCCAGAAACACAUGCUUCUUAGAGUGGUCUUGUAAACAUAAAAGUCACCGUCCCAGGUCUUUAUCAAGUCACUGCCUGACUCACUUUCUACGCUCUUGGUUUUAUUUUUAUCCGAGUCACAUUUCAUGUGUGUUUUGUUUCACGGGCUCCUUAAAGACGGUUUCUGUUCUUCACUUUUAUUUUCACUCUAUUUUUUUUGUGGAUGGAGGAGACCUGAGGUGUAACUAACUGUUCAAGUUGACUUGUGUUAAAUCAGAUUUUUAAAUUGGUUUAAAGUGUGUGACAGCUGCAUGUUAUUGUAGGUAGGUGACUUUUGAAUUCCAGCCGUCGUGUUUCCAGGGUCUCAAUAAGUCAUUGUAGGAUUUUUUUUUUUUUUUUUGUAGGCUUGCCUUUCAUAAUGUUAGCAUCCCUGCUGUUCCUCUGUUUUGAUCUCAGUCCAAAUAUUUGAAACUUUCUGUGCUUUGAGUAACACAGAUUUAUGUGUUUUCAAGAGUUUGAGAAAUGAAGAAUAUGUAAGUAGCAGAAGGUCACAGUGCUUAAAUAGUUACAAAGACAAAAUUGUUAGGAUUAAUCCCAUGAACUAAAAACAUACAGUAUGACUGAUAUACAGUAUUCCAUGAUGUAUGCUGAAAUGAUGUUUGAAAGAUAUAAAUUUAAGUUAAAAAAGGGUGUUUGUCAUGAUUGUUUGCCAAAUGUGUUAGAAGUGUUUGACUCUUCAUUUUUGAAGUUUCAAAAGCAAAUUAUCAGUAUUUUUUUUUAUUCAAUUUGAGGAAAAUAUAACACAUUUGGGAUGAUAUUCCACAUACGAUCUGCUAAAACAUAGAGAAAAAAAAUAAUCAAGUAAUUCCCACAACUCUCACAGACAUGCCAUCAGCUACAAUGGCUUUA